CAGAGCAGCUGGCGAGCAGCCGCCCGGCCUUCCUUCGAUUCCUUUCCUCUGGGUCUCUCUCUCUCUCUCUUUCUCUCCAGCCCAUUGUCCAGCCGAGCUGCCCGCGGGGUCUCCUCUGAUUGGCUGCGGCGGGCGUCGCUCGGGCGCCCCCUCCCCUGCCUGCCUCCCUCCCUCGCGCCCUCCCCGGCGGACCAGCCCUCUCUGCGCUGCUGUUGCAACCUGGGCGCAUCUGCCGCGCUCGCUCCUGCUGGAUGCGGAGGGCGCCGCUGCCGCUGCCGCCGCCGCCGCCUGUGCUGCAUGGGGGAAGCGCCGCCCGCGCGGCAUUGUUCCCCCCUCGGCCAAGAGCCCCGACGCCGCUGCCGCCGCCGGGCAAGAUGAUGAAGUUUCGCUUCCGCCGCCAGGGCCACGACCCCCAGCGGGAGAAGAUCAAGCAGGACCUCUUCGCCUUCAACAAGACUGUGGAGCAUGGGUUCCCCAACCAGCCCAGCUCCUUGGCCUUCGACCCCAAGCUACGAAUCAUGGCCAUCGGCACCAAAUCGGGAGCGGUGAAAAUAUACGGAGCUCCUGGCGUGGAGUUCACAGGCCUACAUAGGGAAACGGCGACAGUCACCCAGAUGCACUUUCUACCUGGACAGGGCCGGCUGCUGUCUCUCCUCGACGACAACACCCUCCACCUUUGGGAGAUUUACCAGAAAGAUGGCUACUCUCACUUGGAGGAGACCCAUAGCUAUGUCCUCCCCGGACGUCCAGGGUUCGACACCGCUAACUCCCCUCCCAGCAUCACCCGGGUGACGGUCAUCUUGUUGCGGUCAAGCUGUGACGUGGCCUACCUUGGCACAGAAGGGGGUGGCAUCUACUUCCUGGAACUUCCCGGCUUGACGCUGCAGGAGGACAGGACUCUGUACCAAGACGAAGUCCUGCAGAGGGUCCCCGAAGACUACCGAUGUGGGAAGGCGCUGGGUCCGGUGGAAUCUCUGCAGGAACACCCCAAAGAUCCUGCCAAGAUCCUGAUUGGCUACAGCAGAGGCUUGAUGGUUCUUUGGGACGGAAGCACGAGGGAAGCUGAGCACCUCUUUCUGGGCAACCAGCAGCUGGAGAGCCUCGGAUGGGAGCGGAGCGGCCAGACGAUUGUGAGCUCUCACAGCGACGGAGGCUAUGCUGUGUGGCCGGUGACGGGCAGCUCCCCAAAGACCCUGCAGCCAGCCAGCACCACUAUCCCUUACGGUCCGUUCCCAUGCAAAGCUAUCAACAAGAUUGUCUGGCAGACGUGUGACUCAGGGAGCCCCUAUAUCAUCUUCAGUGGGGGAAUGCCCAGGGCCAGUUAUGGAGACAGGCACUGUGUCACCAUCCUGCAAGGACAGACCUUGGUCACCCUUGAUUUCACGUCGCGUGUCAUCGACUUCUUCGCCGUGUGCAACACAGAGGUAGAGGAGGAGUUCGACAACCCAACCGCCUUGGUGGUCCUGGUGGAGGAGGAGCUGGUUGUCAUUGACCUGCAGACGCCGGGCUGGCCCACCAUUCCUGCCCCGUACCUGGCCCCGCUCCACUCCUCGGCCAUCACGUGCUCCUACCACAUCUCCAACGUCCCCCUGAAGCUGUGGGAGAGGAUCAUCAGCGCGGGAGAAGACCAGAGCCCUCGCCUCUCCUUUGUGCAGAACUGGCCCAUUAACGGAGGGAGGAACCUUGCACAGGAACCCACCCAACGGGGGCUUCUCUUGACCGGGCAUGAAGACGGCACGGUUCGGUUUUGGGACGCUUCGGGAGUCUCCCUCAAGCCGCUGUACAAGCUGGGCACGGCCAACAUUUUCCAGACGGACUGUGAGCACAACGAUAGCCUGAACCAGUCUUGCGAGGAGGACUGGCCGCCCUUCCGGAAGGUUGGCUGCUUCGACCCUUACAGCGAUGACCCCAGGCUGGGGAUUCAGAAGAUUGCUUUGUGCAAAUACACAGCUAAGAUGGUGGUGGCCGGCACAGCAGGGCAGGUGCUGGUGAUGGAGCUCGCCGAUGAAAAGUCAGAGCACCUGAUCAAUGUGGCCGUGGUCGACCUCCUCCAGGACCGCGAGGGCUUCACGUGGAAGGGCCACGACCGCCUUGCCCCCAAGAACGGCUCCCUCGCCUUUGCCCCGGGCUUCCAACCCAGCGUCCUCGUCCAGUGCAUGCCCCCGGCGGCCGUGACAGCCGUCACGCUGCACUCUGAGUGGAACCUGGUGGCUUUCGGGACCAGCCACGGUUUUGGGGUGUACGAUUACUACCGGAGGAACUCUGUGCUGGCCAGGUGCACGCUGCACCCCAACGACUCCCUCGCCAUGGAGGGGCCUCUGUCUCGGGUGAAAUCCCUGAAGAAGUCUCUCCGGCAGUCAUUCCGCAGGAUCCGCAAGAGCAGGGUGUCCGGGAAGAAGAGGGUCAACACUAGCAGCCCCUCAAGCAAGGUGCAGGAGGCAAAUGCCCACCUGGCUGAGCAGCCCGGCCCCCACGAGGUGGAGAUGACCCCCGUUCAGCGGCGGAUUGAACCCCGCUCAGCUGAUGACUCGUUGUCGGGAGUCGUGCGCUGCCUCUACUUCGCCGAUACCUUCCUCCGAGACGCUACGCAUCAUGGGCCCACCAUGUGGGCCGGCACAAACUCUGGCUCGGUGUUUGCCUACGCCCUGGAGGUCCCUUCGCAGGAGAAGUUUUCUGAGCGCUCGGUGGAGGCGGUCUUAGGCAAGGAGAUCCAGCUCAUGCACAGAGCGCCCGUGGUGUCGAUCGCCGUCUUAGACGGCCGGGGGAACCCUCUGCCGGAACCGUACGAGGUCUCGCGGGACCUGGCCAAAGCCCCCGACAUGCAGGGCAGCCAUUCAGUGCUCAUCGCUUCAGAAGAGCAGUUCAAGGUCUUCACGCUGCCCAAAGUCAGCGCCAAAACCAAGUUCAAGCUGACGGCCCACGAGGGCUGCCGGGUACGGAAAGUGGGGCUGGUGAACUUUGUCAGCGCGGCGUGCGAGGACUACGCAGAGAACUGCCUCGCGUGCCUCACCAAUCUGGGGGACAUCCACAUCUUCACGGUGCCCAGUCUGCGGCCGCAGGUGCACUACGACUGCAUCCGGAAGGAGGACAUCAGCGGAAUCGCCUCGUGCGUCUUCACCAAACACGGGCAAGGCUUCUAUUUGAUCUCUCCGUCGGAGUUCGAGCGAUUCUCCCUGAGCACCAGGAAUAUCACGGAGCCACUGUGCGGGCUGGACACGAGCCGUGUGCACAACUCCACCUGCCUCGGGAACAACUUCACAACAACGCCGAAACUGAACCAGGCCAACGGGACUCACGUCCUCCAAGGAUCAGAGGCCAGCCAUUCCCUUGCCAGCAGCGACCGGUCUCCGGAAGAACACCAAGCUUCUUUCUCUCCAACGCCAGUUGAUUCACCCAAUAACAGCAUCGACGCCCCACUGGAUACCACCGGAGACAUCACCGCUGAGGAAGUGAAGGAUUACUUGGCGCCAUCGGAGGAAGCAGAGAGGAAUCUGAGGAACAUAAAUGAGGACGAGGCUCGUUCGCCAGGGAUCUUGAUCAAAUGAGAGACUACACAAGGUCCAAUUGGCCUGUCUUGGCACUCGACACCCCCCGGAGACAAAAGACUUCUGACUGUGUGGUUAACAGACCGUUGGCCUUUCCUAUUCCUCUCCUUCCAGAGACCCUGUUCUGCAUUUUCUUCCUUUUUCUUAAUUACAAAGAGUCAUAACAUUUUUCUACCGCACGGCCUGGAAGUGGGACUCAUGAGGAAGAUUUCUUCGCGCUGGGGGGGGGGUCUCCCCUAUCACCUCUUCCUCGGCACCUCUCCCAAGUUUGCAUUCACCAACUACUUCUUUAAAAAAAAUGAAGAAAAGGAAAAUGUGCCACCUUCUUCGACAGGACCAAGUUGUCUCUUCCGUUGCACAAAACACACACACUAAAACUCUUAAAACCUUUUUCCAAAAAAGCAAAAACGAGACACAAAGUGGGCGCAUGGGAGGGUUCUGCCUGUGGCGUCAGGAUCUCACCGAGACUGAACAAGCUUCUCUCUUUGGCCGAGGUAUCAGCAUCAAACUUUGCACGAAAAAAGGAGCCUUUUUAGAUAUAUACAGACACACUUGACGGAUGGUUUUGUUUCCGCUUCCUGGUACACCUCUCUGAAACCUCUUGGGAUUGAGUGGCUGAAUUGCUGUUUACAUACUUCCAGAUUCUCCUUCCCCCCUCUUUUCUGAGAGCUGUUCCACCCCAUCCCACCCUACUUCUGGUGCAUCAGCCGGCUGGGGAAAACAGCCUUGAUCGCAUGGCAAAACGCCUCCCACUUCCGUGGUGCUAGUGGGGAACUCUUUGGAGAAGAGCCCAACCUGAAGAAAUUCUUUUGUAAUACUGGCGGAAAGUUGUUAUUUUGUUCUUGGCUUGCAGAGAACAUUUUGUCUAGCUGGGCAGAAGGGUUUUCUUUCAGCGGUGCAGCUGUACGAAUUGGGUGCGCAUGAAUGUGGUGUGUUUCUCGAGAGGCAGGUUUUCGGGAAACGGAUCCGUGAGGAAACCCACCUGCAGCUUGCACAUCUUCCCUCCAUGGGGUUGAAGUUCUAACCAGCCGCUCAAGAGAGCUCUUGUUACCUCUGCAUGGCUGCAAGCUUCGCACCGAAUAAGAAAACGUCCGAGUGAAUUUCCUGGGUCUCCUGUUGGAUGGCUUCCCCUGAUCCUCCUUUUCUAGGAACUGUGCAUUUUUUUUAGGAUGGGUGGCGGGGAAGGAGGAGAGGUGCAUGAGGCGACACUGGAAAUGUGUAACUCCUAAAGUACAAGUGUUUGCAUCUCGCACUGCAGUGCUCUUUAAGAGCUCCGCCAUGUGCUUUCUCAGCCUUAUCUGAAAGGAUGGCCUUCAAAGUGUCGUGAGACGACAUCUCCAAUCACCCCAGACCCUUGUGCUUGCUGGCUGCUGGGAGUUAAGAGUCAAGCAAUAUUUGGAGGGUCAUGGGUUCACACACACCCCGACCCAAGGGAGCCUAGCAUUGGGUCCAGUUAUUACGACAAGGCGGCAACUUCCUUCCUGAAAUUUUGGGCCCUUCUGUUUGAUGCCAGUCCUGUGACCCGCCUACAGAGCAACGAGGUGGCAAAAAACUCAGUUGACAUGCAUUUUUUGCCGAGUGAUCUUCAGGUGCGUUUAGGAAGCAGGCUAGUAUGCUGUGGGACUUUGGCAGCAGGUUCAAAAGUGUACUGCUAUGCAGAUGUGGCCCUGGGAUGGCACCUUUAUUACAUUUUAUCUCUGCUGGUUGGUGGCGAGUAUGUUAUGAUCAUGUACUGGUGUUUGAAGCCAGCGAGUUUAACACAAGCAGCUAGAUCUGUUUUUUUCUUUUCUUUUUUUGCCUAGUGUUAUCUCCCCCCUUAACAGUGAGAGGGGAAUCUGUGCCUUCCAGAUGUUCUUGGAACAUCAGUUCCCAUCAACCGCAGCCAGCGUGGUUAGGGAUGGUGGGAGUUGUGGUCCAUCAACAUCUGGAGAGCCCAAGCAUCUUUGGUGCAUCUGCCAGGCAGAGAGGCUGCAACGCUUUCCUUCCCCCAUCUGAUUCUGUCCCUCGUGUCACAUUUUCGAGGCCGUUUAUUUAUGAAUCCUGAACUCGAAAGGGCUCCCAAGUCACCAGCUCCAGGCCACCCUCUGAAAACAGCUGCCAAAUGCUGUUUUGCUAUUAAAAGGCAACCUUUCUUUUCCAGCCAAGCAAGUGGGAUGUCGGAAAUCUGUAGGACCUUAUUUGUGUCGAAAGGUGGAACUCUUUUUCCCAGCCCCUGGCCCUGGGUUUUUGUAAUCCGCUUGAGGAUUUUUGGAGAAUGGGUUUAGAGAUGGCUACGUGCAAUGACUGCGGCAAGUCUUGCUCUCUCUGUUUGGGGUGAGCCACAUCCACCUAAAACAUCCAGGUGCAUCUUACAAGUGGCUAAGCUAAGCCUGGACUUACCCCUCUUCCUUUGCCUGUGGAAAGCCACAUGCUUCUCUCUUCCUCUGUUUCUUGGGAGGCAGGUGAGCGGAGGGUGUCAGGCAGCCUUUAAUACAGGGGUGGAGAACCAGCAUCCCUCGAGAUGUUGCACUCCAGUUCCCAGCAUGGCCCUUGCUCAAGGAUGGACGUUGCAGCCCAGCAAACACUUGGGAGGCCCUGAAUUUCCUCCUCUACCUCUGCUUUAAUAAGCAGUCAUCUCUUUCCUGUUUCUUUGGCUUUACCUCCUACUUUCCUGUUUCUUUGGCUUUACCUCCUCUGGGCCUUUGCAGCCUGUCUUGUGGCCAAGGUAACCUUUGCAGCGACGAGGCGCUGUGUUCAGGUCUUGGCUUGUUUUUUUUUUCCAUCUUUCGCUGAGGUCUUACAGUACGAGUUGUUUCCUCAUUUUCGUGCCCACCACUGACAUUUUAGUGCCAAGAAAAGUUUGGCCACGUGGGAGAGGGGGGAGCUAGCCACUAUAUAUAUUUGUAAAAUUGGAUCUCUGACAGGUACAAAUGCUGGCUCAGGCCUGGAACAUAGAGCAGCUUUCUCCAACGGGGGCUGCUGGGAGUUGUAGUCCAAAACAUCUCGAAGGCACCAAGUUGGCGAAAGCUGGUAUUAAGUCUUAAAAUAGUGCAGGCUCUGCCUUAGAUUGUGGCUGGCUGUUCCAUGCGUGGGAUCAUUUCCUCGCUGCUUAAUGCCCAGACGUUGCCUCCUGAUAAUGACAUCACAUGAAACUCUUUGUCAGAUGUUGUUUUUUUUUGGUACGGUUUGAUUUUCCUUGCCCCCUCCCCCCAAACCCAGGCGUGCAUGUGUGAGUGUGUGAUUUUGCACGGGUGCGCAUGUUUGUGAGCGGAUGACAGAGCAGAGUUCUAUGGUGGAAACGUGCCAUUGUGUGUCUUAAUUUUUUUUUUUUUUGGCAGACUUAAUUGUGAAAGGGAGUUGAGUUGGGGGGGGGGGGUUAGUUUCCUUGGUAGAAUGUACCCUCUCUGUUGGGACCUUCUUUGUUUUGCUCAGAUGACGGAUUUAGCAUUGUUUAGUUAUUAAUACAGGUUUUUAAUAAUGGAAAAAAUAAAGCAUUUAAUAAUAUCUUAAGCUUAUGUGUGGCUUGUUGUUCCAGGUUCCCUGUUAAUUAUGGGCUCAUGACGACUUUGUGCUCGUGAUGGUAUUGGAGGAAGCUAAAUGUGAUCAAUACUGUUUUGUGUCUGCAAAGCAUUCACAAUAUACACCUUGGUUUCCAAUCCGUUCAUAACCUGUAGGUCCCUGCAGAAAAUCCUGCAGCUUCUUACACCGAAAACAUUGUUUUAUUUUUUUAGGUCUCAUGUUUUGUUGUGCUGGGAUGUCCUUCCAGGUGGGAAUGAUGCAAAUAGCAAUGGGAAAACAUCACAGAACAGCUAAGCGAGUGGAAUGUGCAGACUGCCAUGUUCAAAUGUACCCAGAAUCGUGAUGUCAGGCCACUGAUAGGUGGGAUCCAGUUCCCCAGCCCCAUUUCACAGGGCCGUUGCUGCCAUCCGAGGCCACAUUGUGUUGUAUCAGCAGCCAGAAUUUGAGAUUAUAUGGACAUGUCACGAUGUUGAAAAGUGGAAGGAGGAACCAGCAGUGUCAGCCCCACGAAGGACCGGGGGUGAAACCACCGCUGGCAGUGCAGGGAGGAAGAAGGCAGUGGAACUUCCUGCCUUCUGAAGGGGGCUUUGAGAUGGUGGGGGUUGUCCCAUGUCCUGCUUAGGUUAGAGUCUGGUUCCAGCACAGCCUCAGCCCCACUGAAGAGCUAAGCAGAUUAAGGACCCACCUUAUACUAGAUUGAGAUUAGCAUGGACAUGACUUAGAACAGGUCCAAAUCCUUUUACAGCUAUGACUGCCUUUUACAGCUGAAAAGGGUUCUCCCUUUCUGACACAGAAAAGUCAGUGUAAAGAGGGCAACACUUAAAAAUGUUACUCUGCUGGAAGGCAGUCAUCAGUAAGCAAUAUUAUGAAAGGCCAGGCCAGUCACCAAAGCAAGAAUUUAAAAUUAGCCUCACUUUCUUCCUCCUGUACAGAAAUUUUGCAAAAUACUAACCUAUAAAAGGACAACUGCAGUGAUUGCAUGGUAAGGUUUUUAUAGAUAAAAGCUAUGCCUGCCUUUUCCUCAAAAUGCACAAGCCACCAUACAUUUCAAAGGAGACAUUUUUUCGCGCCCAUGAGGACUAGCAGCAGAUAACAACUUUUAAAAGCAAUAAACUCGAUUUUAUUUUAUCUGUUUUUUAAAAUGGACUUCUCUGUUACGUUUUUUCCUGAAGCCUUUUAAGUGCACAACGAACCCUUUUGCCCAAGUUGAAGGCGCCAGUAGUCUCACUCCUCUGCCCAGCUUCACACAACUUACUUUAAAAAGAGACAGGCCAUCCAUUUGCAGGAGAGAGGUUGGUGUUACAGACCCUACUUCAAACUGGGUACAGGCUGCAGUGCUCUCAAAGAGCAGAAUAAGAAGUCACAGCUCACGUGCGUUCUGUUAAAUAUACUAUAUAAAAAAGAUCUCUGUGCAAGUGGGAAAAACCAACAAACUCAACAUAGUGAUGCUGUAGCUGUGGGAAGAGUUCCAGCGGCGAUGUUUUCCCAAGAGUGGGUCUAGGCAGCAUCUAUUUCACUGCCCCAAGGAGUGAAAGGCGAGAGAAAAAUGUAGGUGAAAAAUGGUUUGUAAAGGGGGGGGGGGAGAAUAGGCCGGUGCUGUUUCUUUAAAAGGGGAGGAGCAAAUUCUAGCUCCUCCUCUAGUAAUUUUGUCCAAUCGGCUGAUCUU